CCGGCUCGGGAAAUGGAUGCUCGUCUGGUGUGCGGGCGCCGGGGGCGGGGAAAGCACACGCUCAGCUGCGCGCUGGCCCCGCCCGGGACCCGGCGGGAGCGCGGGGCCAUCCUCUUCCUCCCUUGCUGGCGCUGGGCUGAGCCUGGAGCCGAGAAACUGAGUUGGCUCUGAGCUCCCUGUUUGGUUUCUGGGCGGCGGCAGCCGGAGGAGGAACAUGGCGCUCGUAGGCAACGGAGCAGAGUUGGAAGCGGACGAGGACAUCUUUGAAGAUGCCUUGGAAACCCUCUCUAUGCCUUCUCGUGUAGAUAUGGCAACAAGCAGCCAACACUUCUCAUCAUUUGAUACAAAACAGGCAUCCGGACAGCACCGAACAUCUAAUAUGAAAAGGUCACUGUCAACCAAGGUGGAUCUCAGGAGUGGCCUGGAAGAAUGUACAAUGGCACUGAACUUAUUUCUAAGUAACAAAUUUACAGAUGCCUUAGAAUUGCUUCGACCAUGGGCUAAGGAGAGCAUGUACCAUGCCUUGGGCUACAGUACCAUUGUGGUGCUUCAGGCCGUCAUGACCUUCGAGCAACAGGACAUCCAAAAUGGCAUUUCUGCCAUGAAGGACGCCUUACAAACCUGCCAAAAAUACAGGAAAAAAUGCACAGUCGUAGAAUCUUUCUCAAGUCUUCUUUCUAGAGGAUCAUUGGAACAGCUGACUGAAGAGGAAAUGCAUGCCGAAAUCUGUUAUGCCGAGUGCCUCCUACAGAAAGCAGCCCUCACGUUUGUGCAGGAUGAAAAUAUGAUCAACUUCAUCAAAGGUGGACUCAAAAUUAGAACAAGUUACCAAAUAUAUAAAGAAUGUCUUUCUAUCCUGCAUGUAAUUCAGAAGAACAAAGUUGAGCAGCAAUUCUUCUAUGAGUUUGAAGGUGGCGUCAAGCUUGGAAUAGGGGCCUUUAAUUUGAUGCUGUCCCUUUUACCAGCACGGAUUAUCAGACUACUAGAAUUUAUAGGAUUUUCUGGAAAUAGGGAGUUGGGCAUCCUGCAGUUACGGGAAGGUGCCUUAGGAAGAAGCAUGAGGUCUCCACUAUGCUGCUUAACUAUACUAGCUUUUCAUACUUAUAUCUCCCUGAUACUUGGUACAGGAGAAGUGAAUGUUGUGGAAGCAGAGCGUCUCCUUGAACCCUACCUCCAGCAGUUUCCAAAUGGCUCCCUCAUGUUGUUUUAUCAUGGCCGGAUAGAGCUGCUGAAAGGAAACGUGGAAGAGGCACAAGAGAUAUUUCGAAAAUGCAUUUCAGUUCAAGAAGAAUGGAAACAGUUUCACCAUCUCUGUUAUUGGGAGCUGAUGUGGAUUUUUGUAUUCCAACAAAACUGGAGGGAGGCAUAUUACUAUUCAGAUCUGCUUUGCAAAGAGAGUAAAUGGUCCAAGGCAACAUAUGUGUUCUUAAAAGCUGCAAUUUUGAGUAUGCUUCCAGAGGAAGAUGUAGUAGCAACUAAAGAGGAUGUGGUAGCUUUAUUUAGACAGGUGGAUGGCUUGAAGCAGAGAAUUGCUGGGAAAUCGAUCCCUACUGAGAAGUUUGCUGUGAGGAAGGCUCGACGUUACUCUCCCUCGUUGCCUGCACCUGUGAAGCUCAUCUUGCCUGCCCUGGAAAUGAUGUAUGUUUGGAAUGGUUUUCCACUAGUGAGCAAAAGAAAAGAUCUUUCUGAAAAUCUGUUGGUAACUGUUGAAAAGGCUGAGGCAGAUCUACAAAGUGAAAGGAAACGAGUGGAUGAGAAGGCUCAAGAAACUGGGACCAAAAGGAGGAACUCAAAGUUUGUACUAUUUAACAAAGAACCAAAACAACACUCCAGCGACUACUCUGUAGAUGACGAAUGCUUAGUGAAGUUGCUGAAAGGAUGCUGCCUGAAGAACUUACAGCGGCCUUUGCAAGCGGAAUUGUGUUUCAAUCACGUUGUCCAAAGUGAAAAGCUACUGAAGUAUGACCACUACCUAGUGCCAUUUACUCUGUUUGAGUUGGCAUUUUUAUAUAAAAACCAAGGGGAAAUUGACAAGGCCAUAAAGGUCCUAGAAACUGCAAGAAAUAACUACAAAGAUUACUCACUGGAGUCCAGACUACACUUCAGAAUUCAGGCAGCUCUUCACCUCUGGAAAAAAUCUUCCUCAGAUUGAUCAGAACAUGAAGAAUGGAAUUUUCUCUUAAUUAGUACCGGCAUCUGUUGUAGAUUAGACCUUGUAUUAAAGUGGAAAAAUGAUCUUGUGAAUGUGAGACAAAAAAAUAAUUUUACUGUCAAUAUUUUCUAUCAUCUGUGUGGUUUACUAUUGGUCUACCUAAGUGGGUUUUUUUUUUUUCCUAUGGAAUGAUGUUAAAUAAUAUCUAGAAAACUCUUAUAUUUUGCAUCUCCAAAAAGAAUUUCAUAUCCGAUUUGAAUUGGAGAGUGAAAAGUCUUUUAAAGGACUCACAGGUACAAUAAAGUAUAAUUAGAUUAUUUAUUUUUUUAAUGUGGAAAUGAAUAUCGUGUAAGUAGCAAAUGGCUUACAACCUAGCCAUUUUUAGCUUUGUUGGUCCGUUAAACUUCAGAGAUAUUUUGUUGCCUAGCAUUUAAGUUUCAGAGGGGAAAUAAGAAUCACCUACAUUCAAAAUAGCUCAAUAACUUUCCGAAAACUCCUGAAAAAGACAGGCAAUGGGUGUGAACAGGACAGGUAAUGUAAGUAAUAGGUUGAAAGACCUGUAUCUAGAAAAGGUGAUGAAAUGUUGUUAUUGUUUUUUAUUCUUCGUGUAAGUUACAGGUGGUGACAGUUUUGAGAGACUAUCCUGUUUUUGAAUGUACUUAAGUCUGUUUUUAUUAUAACAAAAUUCAAAAAAAUUCCGUGUAUCUAAAGGGAAAAAAAGUUAUAUUUUAGAAAUUUUCCUUAACCUUAACAAUGAGCGCCUAAAAUAUAUACGUUGACUAUUUUUCUUAUAAAGUUCCUGCUGCUUUCAAUGAUAUAUAAAAUAAUAAUUUUUACACUCCUAA